AUGACAAUAAAUAUCAAUACACUCUAUGAUGAUUUAAUGAAUCUUUGUUCCCAGGAUGAUAUUUUCUAUUACAAAGAUAUUCGUUUACAUGGAAUAAAUUAUCGUAUAUUCAAUUAUCGUCUUUGCUCUUAUGCAAGAUUCAAGACUCGUACAGCAGCUUUGAAUUGUUGUGGAACAAUGUUCAACAUCACGAAUCCAAAAAAUGUACAAUUAGUUUCUUUACCAUUAGAGAAAAUUUUCGAUUAUGAAGAAGGUUUUGGUCAAAAACAAUAUCAUGAACGUGGUCGAUUAGGAGAUAAAAUGGAGAAAAUGGAUGGAACAUUGAUAUCAACGUUUUUACAUGGAAGAACUUCAAAAGAACAAAUCCUACGACUUAAAACAAAACAAUCAUUAACAUCAAAUCAAGUUCUAGAAGCGAUGCAAUUACUCGUGGGUAUGUGA